AUGGCCGACAAAGCGCCACCGUAUACGGACGACACACCAAACAGUCAUGACGGAUCACAGGCGGAUCAUUUAAGAGAAUCGUCGAAUAUGAAACUCGACCUCACACCCACAACAGUGACCGAACACAGCCUAAUGUGUGCUCAGGACCUUAUCGAUCAGACUAUACGAAUGGGAUGCCCAAAACGGAAUGCCAACGAUUUCAUGUUCUUUCAGAACGUAGGCGAAGGUUCUUACAGUCAAGUUUUCCGCUGCCGGGAAGUUGAUACUGAUGGAGUUUUCGCUAUCAAAGUUCUUCAAAAGGCUCAUCUCGAAAGACAUCAGAAGAUGGAGGCCAUCGUUCGUGAGAAGAACAUCCUGACGUAUAUUACUCAGGAAUGUGGAGGACAUCCAUUCGUCUCUCAAAUCUACACUCAUUUUCAUGACCAAGCUAGAAUUUAUUUCGUGAUGAGUCUCGUGGAAGGCGGUGACUUGGGAGAGUCUCUAUGUCAUUUUGGAUCGUUCGACCUCCCGACUACCAAAUUCUUUGCUUCGGAAAUUCUCUCUGGUCUUCAAUUUUUGCACGACCACAAAAUUGUUCAUCGUGACAUGAAGCCAGAAAACGUUUUAAUACAACGCAACGGACACAUCAUGAUUGCUGACUUCGGAAGUGCUCAAACUAUCGACGGAUUGGUUUUAUCCCAGGAGGGAUUCACUGAGGAGAACCAGGCUAGCUCCAGAUCAUCGGAUUCCGGCUCGCCGCCGCCAAAUCAAAGAUUUUACUCCGACGAUGAAGAAGAAAACACGACUCGUCGUACUACAUUUGUUGGAACUGCUCUCUAUGUAAGCCCGGAAAUGCUAGCCGAUGGAGAUGUUGGAGUACAAACCGAUAUCUGGGGAUUGGGAUGCAUUAUGUUCCAAUGUCUAGCUGGACAACCGCCUUUCCGUGCUGUCAACCAAUACCAUUUACUCAAAAGAAUUCAGGAGCUAGAUUUCUCUUUCCCAGAAGGAUUCCCGGAAAUCGUCGAAGAAAUAAUUGGCAGAAUCCUUGUAGCCAACCCGAAGACCCGUAUCACCAGCGCCGAGCUAAUGGCCCAUCCGUUCUUUGAAGAUGUCGACUGGAAGAAUAUUGCCAACGCAAAACCUCCAGUUUUACACGCCUACUGUCCGGCAACCUUUGGAGAGCCGGAGUACUACUCCAAUAUCGAUUCAGUCGAGCCAGGACUCGAUGAACGUGCUCUAUACCGACUGAUGCAUUUGUCCCAUGAGACUGGAAGUGCUUCCCAGCCAUCUACACCUUCUGGAAUGGAACAAAGAGACCCCUUCGCACCGCGUGCCGAUUCGUCAGCCGAGAAGGCUCGCGCCGCCCGCGCUAGAAAGUUAGAAGAGCAACGCGUCAACAACCCAUUCCACAUAUUCACUGGAAAUAUGCUUAUCCUGAAACAAGGAUACCUGGAGAAGAAGCGAGGAUUAUUCGCAAGACGACGCAUGUUUCUGCUCACCGAGGGACCACAUCUCCUGUACAUUGACGUCCCAAAUCUGGUGUUGAAGGGAGAAAUCCCAUGGACACCGUGUAUGCAAGUCGAGUUUAAGAAUUCUGGAACUUUUUUCAUACACACGCCAAACCGAGUUUACUACUUGUUCGAUCUUGAAAAGAAGGCCGAGGAAUGGUGCAAAGCUAUCGAGGAUGUCCGCAAGCGAUAUGCCAAGACCAUCGAGUCGACUUUCAACGAUGCUAUGCGUGACGGCACUUUCGGAAGCAUAUAUGGAAAGAAGAAGUCAAGAAAGGAGAUGCUCCGUGAACAGAAGGCUCUUCGUCGAAAACAAGAAAAGGAAGAGAAGAAGGCGCUGAAGGCCGAACAACAAGUCAGCAAGAAGCUCUCCAUGCAGAUGCAAGAGAAAAAGUCUCCGUAA